UUCCAGCUGAGUCUGUGACAUUAUCUGGCAUAACCAAUCCUGUGAAGGAAGGUGAAACUAAAACACUGACUUGUACCACAUCAACCAGUAAUCCAGCAUCUCAGAUAUCAUGGUUAAAAGAUAACAAUGUAUGGACUGCUAAUACAUAUGAAUCUAUUACAUCUAAUGUUACAAGAGAUGGAGAUUAUAAUGGUAAAAUAAGUGAACAACAGAUGACAAUAUCCAUACAAGCAGAACAUAACAGUAAAUCAUAUCAUUGUCAAUCAAGUCAUAUAGACUUUACUGGUCACGUGAUUUCUACUGUCAUUCAUCUUACUGUGUAUUAUAAACCAUAUUUUGUGAACGUAUCAAAGAAUCAGCGAUUCUAUGCAAGCAAAGGGAGCGUAGCAGAACUACGAUGUGAGAUUGAAAGCAACCCACUUUCUUCGGUAAUAUGGUAUGGUCCGAAUAAUCAACCAAUAAAUAUUGACAAUAGAAUCAGCAUCAACACAGUGUCACGUGGAACCUUAUAUGAAAGCAUAUUGACAAUACAGAAUACAAUGCUAAGUGACUAUGGUAAUUAUUCCUGUUUUGCAGAAAACGAUAUUGGCAACACAACCUUUAUUGUCACGUUCAAAGAUAAAAGUGUUCCAGAUGCACCAAAGUCCGUUGUACCAAUAACACGAUUCUAUGACAGUCUGGUUGUCACUAUAAUUCCCGGAUAUGACGGUGGAGAUGCAGAUACAACAUAUUUUAUACAAUAUCGUACCCGGAGAAAUGCAACCUUCAUCGAAUUGAACGCUGAUAACUCAGAGACAACAAAUAUCACGAUAGAAAUACUUGAAUUAUAUCCGUCAACACUAUAUGAAUGUAGAGCAUAUGCUGCGAACGCAAUUGGUUUAGGACCAUAUAGUAAUGCUAUUAUAAUAAGAACAUUGGAUGAGCCAAUCGUAGAACUGGAUCAUGAUACUACUACAUUGAGCUGGACACGUCACGAGAACGAGACAUACACAUGUGUGAAAAUAGAAACACGUCACGUGGAUGUCACAUGGGAUGUUAUAGUGAAAUGCAUCGAUAGAAAUAUACUCGAAUACAAAGUAAAUGAUACAAAUAGGGAAUACAGAAUUACAUAUUGCACUGCAGACGGUUUUUGUGAAAGUCGAGAUUUCUCUGCAUUUACAAGAAGAACCAGUAAUG